AUGGGCUCUGUAGUUACGCAGACGCCUGUCCGGCCUGUGCCGGGCAUCUGGCCUCAGACUCCCGCCGCCCGUCCACCACCGAUACCUGCUCCCUCCUUUCAGUCUCCCACGACUCCCAUGUCCCGCCCUUCCCUCAUACCUUCUCAGCCUUCAGCAGGUCUCAUCACCACAAAUCCUUCCGAUGCGCCCAUACAAGCGUCGAUGCGCCCACCUGAGUCUCUGGAACCCGUGGAAAGAGCUGCGCGCACAAUCAACGAGUCCCUUGCAAGUGAAUCGCGAUUUCCAGAUGUCGACAGUUACUUGUCCCAGGGUUACUCUGCCGACUACGACAUCCAGUCUUCGACGACAUGGGCGCCCUUUCAGCGAGCUGGCUUUUACAGGAUUCCCGAUGAAAUCUUCGAGCAGUAUAAUAACGCGCAGUUGACCACGAGUAUGGGCCUGUUUGCGGAGCUGAGGUAUGCUUGGACAACAAUCGACAAUGCUUUGUACAUGUGGGAUUACUCGGCACCAAGACCCGAACUCCUGGGGUUUGAGGGACAGUCGCACAGCAUCCUUGCCGUCAAGCUCGCCGUCCCUCGCGCGGGGGUCUUUCUACCGAACAUCAAGAACGUCAUUGUCAUUGGAACAACUGCGGAGAUAUUUCUGCUGGGGCUAGGGACCGACUCAGGUCCGGGCGGCUCUUCUGCGCUCUCUCUCUUUCAGACCGGAAUGUCGGUGUCAGUAAGAGGUCUCGAUGUCAGCGUCAUUGCAUCCUCUGCAAAGACUGGGAGGAUAUUUUUCGGUGGCAGGACGGACAAUGACAUCUAUGAGGUCACAUAUCAGCAAGAGGAUCGGUGGUUUGCUAGUCGAUGCGCGAAGAUUUGUCACACUAGUGGUGCUGCCAAGUCUUUAACAUGGACAUUCAGCAGCUUUGCCCACGGACAGAAGGAGUAUGUGGAACAGAUUGUGGUGGACGACAGUAGAGAUCUGCUGUACACGCUUUCUUCCACUUCGAAUAUUCGUGUGUUCCACAUCAAGCCGGAAGGCGGGCUACCUCUCUUGGUCACGAAACCUGCAUCCGAGAUCUAUGACAACAUCGGCCAUAUCAUUAAUCAGAGCGAAGCCCUCAACAACCGAGUCAAGAUUGUGUCGAUAUCGCCUCUUCCAGCCUCCGAAGCAUCCAGGUAUCACCUGGUUGCGGUCACAGCGACCGGUUAUCGAAUAUACCUCAGUGCUAAAAGCGCUACCAGCUACAGCUAUGGAUCUUCAACCCGGUCCAGUGCUCCCAUCAGCGUGCAGGCCCAGCAUGUCAAAGUACCGCCCGUAUCCCCCAACCCAGGUCAUUCAAGCACAUGGGGGACGGACUCAUCCACCGACGUCCAUCAUCCCAUCAGGACGUUGACAACAACUCGACUCGCUGCACGGUAUCCACCUGGGUACUUCUUUUGCUUCACAGCCAGGGACGCCAAUUCGCCGACCGACCAACUAUUUAUCUCAGCCCCUGAUGCCGGCAGACUGCUGAGGAGCUCUGAACCAGGCCAGACAAGUCGAACUUCGGAAUCCGCAAUAUGGCUGUCACUGGGCAGUCGGGCAGAAGACAUAGGGUUAGUGAUUCCCUACUCUGCUCCGAUUCCGAAUCCAGUGGGCUAUGGGAACGACUUGGCUGUACAGUUCGACAAGGCCAUCCCCGAAAUUGCCAUUUUGACGAAUACGGGCAUCCACAUAAUCAGAAGGCGCCGCCUGGUGGACAUUUUUGCAGCUCUAAGCAGUCAAGGGGGAGGGCCUGAAGGAUUCCAGCACGAGGUGAGCAACUUGAUCCGGGCUUAUGGCAGGACGGAGACUCUAGCUACGGCACUGGCGGUCGCAUGUGGUCAAGGGGUGGAGGACACAGGGAGUGCUCAGGCGGUACGGGUUAAUGACCCUGAAGUUCUCGAGCUUGCCCGCAAGACCUUCAUCGAAUACGGCGGAAAGCCGAGCAUCAAUCAGAAUUCCAUCACCGACAGAUCUGUGCCGUUGAUCGACGCCGUGCGACCAUCGCCGCGCCAUGCGGCCAUUGCUCUGUACCUUUCGCGCUUAUUGAGGUCGACGUGGAAGAACGUGAUUGCUCUAGAAUCAACCACACCGGCUGGUUACCAGAUCAACCCUGCUGUACCUCUGAAAAAAUUACGAGAUGUCCAAGAGUCGUUGUCUGCGCUUCAGCGCUUCUUCCAAACGAACAAGAGUUUCAUCAAAGGCCUGAGCGGACCUGAUGAUCUUUCAGCGACAAGCACCAAAGACGACGAGAUCGCUCUACAGGGCGAACACCGUGCCUUGCAUUCAUUGGUCAAGUUUACGUCCGACACCAUUGAAGGACUCUCGUUUAUUCUGGUCUUGUUCGAAGAGAAGGUGGCGGAGAUAGUACCCCUGCUGCCGGAGGCCUCAAGACCGGAAAUGUUGAAGCUCACCUUUGAGGAGCUCUUCACGACGAAGAAAGGGUAUGAGCUUGCCAAAGAGCUCGUCAAGGCCAUUGUCAAUCGCAACAUUGCCAAAGGGUCGAAUGUGGAGACGGUUGCUGAAGCCCUGCGCAGAAAAUGCGGCAGCUUCUGCAGUGCAGACGACGUGGUGAUCUUCAAAGCCCAAGAACAAUUAAGACGAGCGGCCGAAGCGGGAACGAACAACGACUCUUCACGGAAUCUUCUGAAUGAAAGCUUGAAACUGUUUGAAAAAGUGGCCCACAGCCUGCCUCACGACUACCUGGAAUCUGCCGUGAAACAAUAUACGGAUCUGCAGUUCUUUGCUGGAGCCAUUCAACUUGUCCUUCGGGUUGCUCACGAAAAGGACAAGGCGAAUGAAGCACUCUCCUGGAUGGCGGAAGGUCGACCAGAGCCGGAUCCGCGAAAAGCAAAGUUUGAUCUGCGGAGUCAGUGCUAUGAUCUGAUCCACGCGGUUAUUGUCGCCGUUGAUAAGACGACGGAACAAGGGCCGAGUUUUGUGGACGGCCACCCAACGCUCGCUGCCACGAGACGGAAUGAAGCAUACGAUGUCAUUAGCCGGUCAAAGGAUGAGGCGUUCUUGACCAAUCUCUAUGAUUGGUACCUCCAGCAGGGAUGGUACGAUCGGCUGCUGGCGACCGAGUCACCAUUCAUAGUGACCUAUCUUCAACGCAGGUCGACCGAGGACAUUCUCUAUGCGGAUCUGCUCUGGAAGUACUACAGUCAGACCAACCAAUUUUCCGAGGCGGCCAAGAUCCAGUUGCAACUUGCCAGAAGCUCGUUCCCACUCUCUCUGGAGAAGAGAAUCGAAUACUUGAGCAGGGCGCGGGCGAAUGCCUCAACCUACACCCCAGGAGGCAGCCGGAAGAUGAAACAGCAGCUCCUCCAAGAGAUCACCGAGCUCCUGGACAUUGCGACCAUUCAAGAUGAAGUUCUCCAGCGGUUACGGGACGAUUAUCGACUCGGACCCGAUAGGCGACAAGAAGUUCUUGACCAGGUGAAUGGACUGAUUUUGGACAUCAACACGCUGUUCAACAACUACGCGGACAAUGCCGGAUACUAUGACCUUUGUCUGUUGAUCUACCAAGUUGCCGAUCACCGGGAUCCGGCCCAGAUCAAGCAGACCUGGCAACAGCUCCUCCAGUCGGUACAUGACAAAGUCCAGGAAGAAGGGCAGAUCCAACCCUUUGAAGCCAUCGCCGAUGAAGUCAGAAGUCUGGGCAGCAAAAUGCGGGUGGCGGAGACGACGUUCCCGGUCCAAACGUUGCUCCCUAUCCUGGAGAAGUACUCAUUCGAACAUCAACGCAACGUGGCGCCUCCGCAUUGGGUUGUGGACAUCUUUUUGUCUCUUGAGAUUCCUUGUGAGCGGCUUUUUGAGAUCUUGGAGAUGAUGUUCUUCUCGGGGGAUCCGCCGUUUGUGGGAUCCAAUCGCAAGUACAUCGCCUCGGAAUUGGUUUAUGUGGUCGGCCGAUGGUUCCACGACUCGACGAGAGCAGGGUCUGUCAUCUUUGGCAGUGAGGUUGCUGCGACAAAGGUGCAGGAGACGAUGCAUGCCUUGUUGCAGCAAGGGAGAGCGGCAGGGCUGGACGAGGAGACAACGAGGGUGGCCAGGGAAGUGGUUGAGAGAGUUGGGCGACUCCUAGGAUGA